UUUCUCAAGCUGCAGCCAGACCUACUUGAGCUUGGGUGUGUCAGAGUGGAAAUACACAGAUGGUUCAAAAAACACGUCAUUCUUGAACUGAAUCGUUCCUGAUCACUUGUUCUCUUGAAGAAGAGUCUCUGUCAACACAAUGGAGACAUCAACCCCAUCCAAGACAACAAAGGCCAACACCACCUUCUCCCUGGCUUUGUUCAAAAAGCUGAGUGAUGAAGACAAGACAGCGAAUAUCUUCUACUCCCCUUUCAGCAUCUCUUCAGCCUUGGCUAUGGUGAUGCUGGGGACCAGGGGCAGCACAGCCACACAGAUGUCAGAGGUCCUCGGCUUCACUGAGAGAGAGGAACCGAUGGAGACGGGACCGGAGCAGACGCAAAUAAGUUCGCAGAUGCAGCAGCAGAUGCAGACGAGGAUGCAGUUGCGGUCGCAGAUAAAGCAACAGAGCAAACUGCCUGCAUAUCUGCUCAAGGUCCUGAAACCCGAAAGUGGUGAAGAUGAUGUCCACGCAAGCUUUGCCCAACUGCUGAGUGAACUCAACAAAGCGGAUGCUCUGUAUGCCCUCAGUGUUGCCAACAGGCUGUAUGGGGAGCAGUCCUACCAGUUUGUUGAGGAUUUCUUAGCAGAAACCAAAAAGCACUACAACGCUGAGCUGGAGUCUGUGGACUACAAAACCAACACAGAAGCGGCCAGGGUCAACAUCAAUACCUGGGUAGAGGAGCAGACGCAAGGUAAAAUCAAGGACUUGCUGGCCCAGGGUGUAUUGGAUGACACGACCAGGCUGGUGCUGGUCAAUGCCAUCUACUUCAAAGGCAACUGGAACAAACAGUUCAAGGAGGAUUCUACUGUUGAGGUUCAGUUUAGAGUUAACAAGACGGACACUAAGCCGGUGAAGAUGAUGCGCCAGAAAAGUGAAUUCCGUACCACCCCCAUUGCUGAGGUCAAAUGCCAGAUCCUAGAGAUGUUCUAUGAAGGGAAGGAACUCAGCAUGCUCAUCUUCUUGCCCGAUGAGAUAGAGGACGACACAACAGGCCUCGAGAAGCUGGAGAGCGAGCUGACCUAUGAGAAAUUUGUGGAUUGGACCCGUCCAGACUUGAUGGGUGAAACGGAGGUUGAUGUGAUGCUGCCUCGGUUCAAGAUGGAGGUGACUUACGCCUUGAAAGAUAUCCUGAUCAGCAUGGGCAUGGUGAAUGCUUUUGAUGUCACAAGGAGUGACUUUUCUGGCAUGUCCCCGGCAAACGACCUGGUACUGUCAAAAGUCGUCCACAAGGCUUUUGUGGAGGUCAACGAGGAGGGAACUGAGGCUGCUGCUGCCACUGCUGCUGUCGUGUCGACUCGCUCUAUUCCUGUCAUCUUCAAGGCAGACCACCCCUUCCUCUUCUUCAUCCGACAUAACCCCACUAUGACCGUUCUCUUUGCCGGCCGAUACUGCUCCCCUGAGUGAGAACUACUGUACGUCCUGUAGACAUGGAUAGAUUAUGAGACAAUGGGCCUCUGGGCACGGACAUGUAAAGGGCCUCCACCCCUACUACAUAAGAACAAGAGCCACAGAUUCAAAUAGACAUCUCCUUGGUCGUUUUGCAUCUCUUUGUAGACACUUUACGUCUCUUUGUGGUAAUUUUGUGUCUCAUUUUGGUCAUUUUGCAAAUCUUUUUGGUAGUUUUCCGUCUCCUUUUUGGUAAUUUUGUAUAUAUUUGUGACUUCCCAACAAGAAAUGUUAGCAGUAACUUGAAACAGAGGCCCUAACACCCGCUGGGCCCCUGGGCCUGUGCCCAUUAGGCCCAUUCGUUCAGUAAUCUGUCCAUACCUGUAGAGCACUGAUUCAGCCAGGGGUGGGAUAUAUCUAUUGUGGCUACUAUAUAAGAGGCUAAUAAGAAGAAUAAGAAACACUGCUCUAGACUGUGUUUGUGUAAAUUCUCAUCCCUGUUACUCCCUUAUAUUUUCAAGACCAGGAUAUUUCAAGAAAGCCUUUGAACGGAAACUACUGUACGGUGCUACAUUUUUUUUUUUUUUAAAGUGCAUAAGGUGGGGCACUGGAGUUAAAUCUUGUUAAAAAUCUUUUGCGUGCAUGCAUAUUACUCAGUGAUUCUGUCCGCUUUCUGUUUGUAAUCCUGCCCAAAUUCUGUUUAUCUGUGAUCCAUGUUGUACGCACUGCACCCUCGUCAUUUCAUCCAUUCAUCUGUCACAAAAAGGAAAAUGUUGCAGUUGUUCCAAACAGUCUGUUCUUUGCAGGUGUGUUUGUGCUAAAUCCCAAAUUUGAUCUCAAAUUUAAUGAAUUUUCUACUGGUCAUAAAUAAACAAAUAUAAAUGUA